UUUGGGUGUCGUCAUAUAAUCCAACCCUAAAGAAAUAGCUUCAAAUUGUGCACCUACAGAGUUUACCCUCUUUAAGCUUCAUCUCUUGACAGCCCUGUGCUUUAAUUUACGCUUAAGAGUCUGCAUUAUCUGCCAUCUUACCUCGCAUAUACGUUGAAGUUCUCUCACUUCGGGUUACUACCGAGAUUCCGUUCCUCCCGGCAACACCUGCAGCUAGCCACUAAACAAACAUGGCUGGGCUGAUCUCAUCAUCACUUUUUGCACGGGAUUAGCUUUCAACUUUGAACAAUCCCUGACGAAUUCUGCGCUCGACUGCUGCAAAAUAGCCCUGAGUAUCAAACCGGGCAGAGAAAUACCUGCCUUAUCUGCUUGUAUCAGAUCCACUCCAACCAUGGUUCAUGUAACCAAUGCGGCGGCAGUAGCGGCAUCAUCGUCAGCCUCCGCUUCUCGUUCACGACCUCCUCCGACAUCUGCUAGGUCUGGCUCAUUUCGCGCCGGCUCGCCUCUUCCUACGAUAUCUUCAAACCGAUCGAGAUUCUCCUCCGUCCUCCAACGCGUUUCGAGCCAUACUCAUUACCAAACCUUUCCCACCCCUGCCCCCAAAUCCGCCGGCCGUCGACCGAGCUCCGAAUCCGACUAUUACAAUGAUGCCUCACCCGACUCCCAUGAUAGCUCGACGCCUCUCCCCGUCAAGCAGCUCGCCUUAUUAGCCGUGCUAUCACUUGCCGAGCAAUCCGCCCUCAAUUCGAUAUCACCAUACCUACCUGAGAUGGUCGAGUCCUUCCCCGGCAUGCGUGAUGACCAGGUUGGCCUCUACGUUGGACUUCUCGCCUCUGCUUUUGCACUCGCUCAGCUGGCUACGAACCUGUUUUGGGGAUAUUUAUCGGAUAUUGUUGGGAGAAAACCUACUAUGUUAGCUGGCACUUCAUUGCUAUGUGGGUGCUUCAUCUUGUUCGGCUUCUGCACUCGCUACUACCAAAUCAUCCUUGUGCAUGUUGCUAUGGGACUCUUGAACGGAAACGCCGCCGUUGUUCCUACUUGCUUAGGUGAACUAACGGAUAGGACCAACCAAAGCAAGGCUUUUACUUGGCUACCAGUUGUUUAUGGAAUAGGUAGCAUCACAGGACCUGCUCUUGGCGGGCUUUUGGUCGGCAAGUUGGCCCAAGACCGGUAUCCUUUUCUUGCUCCCAAUAUACUAGCUGCUGCACUUCUGGCAUUCAGUGUGGUUAUUCUUGCCAUAUGGUUUGAGGAAACGCUGGAAGACCGAGAUACUCAAGGUACCUGGACCGAAAGAUUUCCCUGGCUAAGCGUCUUCUCGAGAAAAUCUCCGAAGCUUAACAAGCUCUCCUGGCUUUGGCCAGGUGGUAGAGAUACGGACGGAGCUGAUGAUUGCGAGAGUGAUUUGGACGAGUCCGUGACAGAAACAGGAGAGACUACACGUCUGUUACGCCCGCAAUCCAAUGAGAUAGACGAUGACGACGACGACGACGACGAUGAUGAUACCAAGUCGGCAUCCGAAAUCGCAACCUGGCGUCAACUUUUGAAUCGGACAACCGUAGUCCUCCUUUCGACGAGCCUCAUAUUCCAACUGUCGAAUAGCUCCUUCAACAGCUUGUAUCCUGUUUUUGCCCAAGGCGAGGAACCGACUGGACGAAAUCUACGCGCCGUCGUGAUUGGUAUCUCAUUAUCCGUUGCUGGUAUCUUUACCAUAGUCUUCCAAUUAUUCCUGUUUCCCUUGAUCAAAGGCAAAAUAGGCAAUGUGGGAAGUUACCGAAUAUCGCUCUUCGGAUUCGCAGUUACCAUGGCUUUGAUGCCAUUUGUGGGUUAUGUGGAUUCCAAGCCACCUUUCCAGCUAGGUGAUGGUCGGAUCUGGCUCUACGUAGAGCUUGGCGUUAUCCUGAUUAUCAAGAAUAUAUGUGCUGUAGGGGGUCUGUCUUCCGUCAUGUUGCUGAUUACGAAUUCCGCGCCAUCACACGCAACUCUUGGAACCCUCAAUGGACUGGCGCAAACCUUAUCCGCAGCUGGACGCAGUGUAGGACCCUUUCUUUCAGGAGCACUGUUCACAGCAUCCACACAUGUACGUCCCAAAGGAGAGGCUCUGGCUUGGGGGCUUUUCGCGGGAAUUGCGCUCAUCGGUUGGCUUGCGACAUAUGCCAUCCGAGGGCAAGGUCUUGAAAGCACUGAUGACGGGUUUGAAGAAGGAGAAGACGAAGAGCAACAUCACUCGGGACCAUAAGUAUAAGAACGCAGUUACGAAAUCGAAGGACAUGUCGAAUUAAUGUUUACACCAAAGGAGCACUGAGCUUCUUGCCUAUUGCAGUUUUGGAAUCUUUGCAUCGAAGUGUCUUCCUCGAAUCAUUGGUGCUCGUCUACUUGGUAUGUGCAGAGUCCUGCUUAUGGGAAGAAGCAUUGAGGAGCAUCAUGAUGCGUCCGUUGACUUGUACGACUGGCGAACAGAGACUAUCAACUCUCUACUGGUAAAGUAAGGUGCGCACAUGUCUUAAUAGACAUAAAUUUAUAUUGUUAGAUAGCAUAGCAUUGUUAGGAUACGAAAAUCGGGAUAUUCAUAAUACAACUACACAAUUCGAACUUUUCGCAUAUUCAUCGGAAACCUGCUGUUCUCAGUUUUAUCAUCACCCUCGGCAUUUCAAACUGGUACGAUCACUAGACUCGUACUUUCUAUUCCUAGUCCAUCCUUUGUUGCACGCUCUCAAAGCACUUUCUGCCCGAUAGUCGCUCCUUGCUUCAUAACAGAUGUGCCAGAUCUAUAUGG